UCAAGCUUCAUCAACUCUGUUGACAGUGUUUUACAAGGUAGAGUUGCUGGUCGAGAUUUGACUGAUGCGACCUCUCGAACCAGUUUCACUCAUAAGUACAAAAGUUACAAAUUCUCCAAAGGCAGUCAAGGCCAUUACUCCUUUGUUUGCAAUGACAUCAUGGGCAUGGAGCAAAAUGAUAGUGGUGUUCAUGUGGAUGACGUCAAACUUGCCCUGAGGGGACAUGUUACUGAAGGUUACAAGUUCAUUCCACAACAACAACUGAGAGAGGGGGAUCUGGGAUACCGCUCAUGUCCCAGCCUGAAUGACAGAGUUCAUGUUCUGGUCACUGUUGUUGCUGCUGGCUCAGUGUCUCUACUAAGUGAAGAGGUUGUGAAAAAGCUGAGAGAUGUCAGACUGACAGCCAGUGAAAUGGACAUUCCCCAGCUGGCUAUUCUCACCAAAGUUGAUGAAGCCUGUCCUAAGUCGAAACAGGAUCCCAAAAACAUCUACAAGAGCAAGUACCUGAAAGAACAGGUCGACAAAUUUAGCCAGCUGCUGGGACUCCCAGUGAACUGCAUCUUUCUUGUAAAGAACUACAGUUCAGAAAUCAGCAUCGAUGACGACACUGAUGCUCAUAUCCUGUGUGCACUGAAGCAAAUCAUUGUCUAUGGAGACGACUUCCUCACCCACUUGAAUGACUAGAUGUGAGACCAAACACAGUACUGACUGAAAUAUAAAUCAUGUCUUGUUAUGUUAAUUGACUGAAAACUGCAUGAAUAACUUGUACUUAGG